UCUAACAUUGCACGCCUUGUGUGAUGUCCCGUUGCGUAACUCCCUCCUCACGUUACGCACCACGUGAUCACCCCCACUCAUCCCUCUCCUUCGCUGCUGUCCCAUAAUUAAUAAUCCCCAACCAUGCCGGCGCUCUUCGUGACCUUUAAUUUCCUCGCCAAUUAAUCCCGAGGGUGGGAGCAAUUCGAUAUUCAGCAAAUCACGGCAAUCACUGAUUUGUUCAUUGCAUUAUUCAUCGCACGCAUCACGUGCACACCUGCCGCUUGACUCUGCAGUCGACUCGCAGUCCCAUGUGAUACGUUAGCUCCCUGGGAGCAACAUUAAUUUUUUAGUCGUCCUUUGUCAAUCCCAUGCUGGAUGGAGGCCAGCCGUUUGCCGCUCGUUGCAGAGGUUCGUGGUUCGAAACUGGCGGGCGGCCCUGGUUAUUACUGCGGUGUGUAUUAACCAUAGAAUGCACGGUAUCUGCUUCACAGUGGACAUAAAAGAUUGUCUGAUGCCAAUCGAUACGAGUGGGCCAUAGUGUGCCUGUCUCGUGGUUCGAAUUGAUUAAUUUCUAAAAGUAACCUGCAAAUGACUAAAUUGAGAUUACAGAUAGCAGUCAUCGGGGCCCUACUGGCAGACGAAUGCCCGCCUGCAGGACAGGUUGCCGGGUCACAUUGUGCCUAUGUAGACAAACACCCCAUUGAUAUUAAUACAUUCGGUAAAAAAAAUGUUAAUUUACGUGCAUAUCGGUAUCGCCUCCAGGCAUGGAGCUGCUUCCCCUGGGCGAGAAGGACGACGACGCAGCGGCACUCACGGCGCCGGCGCUCGCUCCCUCGGUGCAGGAGGCCCCCGUGUUCCGCUUGCUCCGCCGGCGAUUCCUGGCGCUGCGGCUGCUUCUCUCUGGAUCCUUCAGAUGCCCCACGGUGUGCGAGGUGGAACGCUCGCUGGCGGAGCGACUUGGCGGACGUGGGUUCGCGCCCGUGUGCUCCCAAGACGGGAGCUACAUUCCCACGCAGUGCCACGGGCCCACGUGCUGGUGUGUGGACACUCGAGGGGACGAGGUUUUCGGCAGUAGGGUCCGAGACAGCGUCCCCAAUUGCGGUUCAUCUUCGAGUCCAUGCCAACUGGAAAGGCAGCUCGCCCUCUCCCAUCUCUUCCUUGGCCCUUCCGCCCCGUUCAUCGACGACCUCAUCUCUGCCCUCCCGCGUGAUGGCAGUGUCUCCUUCUCUGAGUCGCCAUCUCAGGAGAUGCAGCACGAGCUGUGGCUCCACUGGAGAGCCCUGAGGGAGCAGCUGCUUGACGGGGGACUCGGCGAAAUCCUCUCGCAAGCCUCUCGCCUCUUCCCGGCGAGCGGCCAGGCCAGCCGCCUCCUCGGUGAUCUCGUGGGGGGGAUCUUCCACACACAGGAAUUGGCCCUCACCGCAGCUGGUGCCAACGUUCAGCCGGGUCGCAUUGCAGAGAUGCUCUUCGGUGGCGGGUUUCUGAAGAACCUCAAGUUCUUCAAUUUCACCAGCGCCGUUGGUGGCCGCGGCACGUUUAACUUCAGCAAGGUGUUUGGUCAGGUGGGGCUGACCGGCAUGUACGACGGCGCAAACUUUGAGGAACUCGCUCGGCUCUUUGCCCCCGGCGAGGACUCAUACCUCACCCGAGGCUCCUCCAACUUCUCGCGAGAAUCCUUCAACUUUGACCAGUCGAUCGACGACCCCUUCGCGCGUGCAACAAACCUGGAGCGGAACAGAAACGUCCUCGGAUUUGUCGUCACGCUCCUCGAAGACGCACGUUUCUACGGCCUCGUCAGGGACAUCACCCCUCUCAUCGGGCUCAGCGGCGGGGACGUGGGGUUGAACGCGCUGACCUUCCUGCGCAUGGCGGAGGAAGACCGACCGACGCAGAACGCCGCGGACGCCGCCGACGGCCCGCCGGCGUCGCGCCCGUUCGUGGCGCGGUGCGGCGAGGACGGGGGCGCCUACGAGCCGGUGCAGUGCCACGGCGCCGCCUGCUGGUGCGUCGACGCGCACGGGAGGGAGAUCGCGGGAACCCGCGCGGUCGGCGGCGCGCCGCCGCGGUGCCCGAGCGCGUGCGAGGGAGAGCGAGCGCGAGCGCUGCUGGCGCGGAGGGGCCGCCCGGUGGGGACGCCGCUGUUCGUGCCGGAGUGCGACGGCGCGGGAGACUACCGGCCCGUGCAGUGCUCCGGCGACCGCUGCUUCUGCGUCGGCGCUGGCGGAGCGGAGGUCCCCGGGACCGGGAGGCCGCUCGGCGACCCCGUGACGUGCCCCACCCCUUGCCAGGCGGCCGCUGCCGGCGAGCUUCUGCAGCAGCUCCGUCACCUGGGCCCGGUGCUACGCGGCGACGCGCCGAGCUCCCUGCCGCCCCUCUACGUCCCACGGUGCGACGCGCGAGGGAGCUCCUCGCGCGAGUUCGCGGCGCCGGUGGCGGCGGCGGCGGCGAGGGACUGCGAAGCUUCCUGA